AAAGAGACGAUGGGACAAAGGACAUCAGUUCACCAACAGAAAGAAAUGUCUGGUUCAUCCCAGGUCAAAGAGCUGACAGAAGGAAACCUAAGAGGACAGUCACCUAUACAAUUCAAAUUGGUCAAAGAGCUGACAGAAGUAAACAUACGAGACGAGGCACCGAUAGAAUUAAAGUUUCCAAGCGAGUUGAAUGACGCCCUUUCCGACACACAGAGACUACUUGUUUUUGAUCAUUAUAGAUGGUAUAGGUAUAAUCGACAUAGAAACAUCGAUCGUUACCAAAAGCUGGAACCUUAUACUAUACUUGAUGAAGGAGAUGUCGAAACAACCAAGAAGGUGUGCUGCAAGAGAAUUGGAGCUGAUGGUGGUAGACUGCGGCUAGAGUCCUUUGGGAUUGAACUUGAUAUACCUCCUGGUGCAAUCGACAGCAAAGAGCCACAAGAAAUCUCUCUUCAUGUCUUGACCGAUACUCCUAAUCUUGGUGACACCAAAGACGAGAUGUCAGUCUGCUUUGGUGUACAGUGUCUAGCUCCUGAUGACUUAGUCCUUAGGUUACCGGUGACUUACACAAUACCUCAUUGCGCUGUUGUAACAUGGUACUCGAGUUUAACAUGUUUAAAGGCAGUCUUGUACUCAGGAGAGGGGGAAUACUCACCUCAUGCAGUUGUUAAAGAACGAAAAGUACUGUCAAGGUCUGGAAUACCCAGCUGUAAUAUCAUGAAGGACGUACUCGAACUCAAGAUUGAUCAUUUUUCGUGGGCGAAGAUUAUGAUCUGGAUCAAGAGCUUAUUCUUCCGCGGAAAGAGGAUGUGCUUUUUGCCAUUUAAACAGAUGAACCUGCCCCUAGCUAAGACACCUGUUAUAUUACAUGCACAUAUAUUUGACGAUGUGAAGGGGAACAAGCAAGAGGUGGAAGAGAAGGAAAAGAUACAAGGCCUCAUUCCUGCUCAUAUCUAUUUACCUGUCCUCGUACAGAAGGCAGAAGUUGAUCUUGAAAUGAGAUGUUAUGUGAAGAAAAAGCUAAUUGGAGACAUUGCUGUCGUAUCAUUCGACAACCUUACGAAUUUGACCAGGAUUUGUGUGGGCUUUGAAUUGGAUCUUGGUAAUCAUUCUGAUAUUGUUGCAGUAUCAAUUACAGCAGGACAAACCAAGAAACUGGAGGUCAAAUGUUUAUUCCAGUUAGACUUUCCCAUUCCUCAGAAAUUAGAAAAGGAUUCGCCACUAGAUUCAGCAAUAGAGCACAGUGCAUCAAGCUCACAGACGCAGCAGACAUCAAUUCAAAGAAGAGAGGGGACCAUAGAGUAA